AUGAUUGGAUUUGGGAGGUGUUUGCCUGGUCUGGUGCCCCUUCAACUCUAUACUCCUAGAUUGAAUUUAUCUAACGGUUUAAGCGGCUGUAAAGGCAUUUUGGGCGUUCGCCAUAAGGGCUCUAAGAAGGAGGUGGGCGUUUUUGGCUAUGAAUCCUCCACCAACCCCUGGGAGGACAAGAGCUACCGGUCCCUCAAGAAGGAGCGCGGCCACACCGGGUGGCCGAUCAUGAUUGCCGUCAACAGCACGCAGCCCAUGUGGCAGAGCUACGUCUCUCAGGACCAGACGGUGAUUCCCAGGGACGGCUACGGCUGCCUCGCCACGUUCCCGCCCGAGGUCUCCACCAGGAUCCUGCACACGUUCCGCCUGCCCCCCCAGUUUUACCCCUUUUUGAAGAAGCUCGGCGACGACACUCCCUCCCUGAAGCCGUACAUGGACAAGCUGAUCAUGGGACUCUUCACGAACCACGACUACGAGGAGAUGUUCUACAAGUUCGCAAAGCCCCUUAAGAUUUAUCGCAAACUGAUUCCGAAGCCCUACCGCACCGUCGAGGAGCAGUCCAGGGAGGCCGAGGUCUCCUGGGAGUCCGCCUGGCUCACCUACAGGCAGAAGGUCGUCGCCGAGUACAACAUGGGCGCGUACCUCCGCGAGUACGUGCUCGGCAUGCUUAUCUCCUUCUACUUCGCCUACCUCUGGGCCGACAUGCACAGGCAGUACAGGGCCGACAUGAGGCUGUUUUACCACGAGGCUCCCGAGCAUAAGAUUAACUGGGUGAAGCCGAGGGGCGACUUGCUCAUUUACAGUUACCUUUUCUCAAGUGUUUAUGUUCAUAUACCUACUUUACGCACGUACCACGUAUACCGGUACCUACAUUGUGUUUUUAAAUAUUAUUUACAGUCCCUUGUUGCUUAUUAG